AUGAAUGAACCUGGUCUCGGAAAUUUACGCAGUCUAUCUCGGUGUAUUUGUACACAGGCGAAAGCAAACAACCCCAUCUCAAUAUCUGUCGCAGGCAUGACCUCGCUACCCUCAUAUCAAGAUGCCGUCAGCAGACUCGACUGGCUCGAACUCGUCGCACCAUGCAUCGAGGACAAGGACGUUACGAGCCUUUGUUCUGUAAACAGACGCUUCUACGCCGUCUUCGCCCCCCGCCUCUGGAACGACCCUUUGGUCGCCAUUCGACGCCUUGGACUGCAUCCCAGCGACGACUUGGAAUGGUACCUCGCUUUUGUCUUCAAUCGCAUGCAGCGCGUGCGUCAGUCCACCCUGGCCCUGAUCACCACCCUCGACUUCCGCGACUUCGCCAAAGACACUGCCCAUUUCGCGUCUGAUAAUGGAACGAGAACAAUACCUGAGUCUCUGCGCAGGUUGCCCAAACUACUCCCUAAUCUGAGAUGCAUCCUCUUGGACGGCCACGUCGAGGCAAACCCGGCCUUUCUGACUGCCACCCUGUCGUCUGAGCCAGAAACCACUACGUUGUCUGACCUCGGCCAAGGCCUGCUGGUUGUGAGCAUCGCGCACUGCCAAACGCAGCUGCCGAACGACUUCUUCUUAUCGGACAAGCUCCAGCACCUCGUCUAUCUCGACGUCUCCGGGCUGCCAGGCUCCCUGCAGCCGCUUGUGCUGGCAGCUCACGGACGUCGCAAUCUGACCCGCCUGAAGAUCCUCAAAGCGCGGCGUCGAGAGAUCAACGACGCACUUGCUCUUACUCUUUUCAAGGCUUUCAGAGGUUCGCUGUGGAGUUUGGACGUUUGCGAAAACAACAUCACAGACAGUGCUGUCGACCAGCUUGCCACACUCUGCUUCGGUGGCCCGUCUUUGAGGUCCCAGUCCCGGUACAUGACCGAAGGCAGACUUGUCUCUGAUGGCCAAGGCAACGAUGCCUACGGGCGGUUCAUGUCCAUCCAGGAAUCCGACUGGAGCGGAACCUUCAGCCACCCGGAGCGGCACUUCGUCGAUGCCCCCGCCUACUCUGCCGAUGAAAGUCGGAUUCUGCAGGAGGAUGAAGCAGUCCGAACCAAUGGCCGAACCCCCUUGAGGCGAGACAGCGCGGACCAUGUCAAGGCCGCAAUAGCGGGCAGCAUGGAUCAGCCAGUGCCUGACUGGUCCGACGUGCCGUAUCUCGACGUCUGCACUGCACCUGCCGGGAUCACGCAUCUGCAUCUCUCAGACAACCGGGUCACUUCAUCGGGCUUGGAGAGGCUGAUACGCACUUCGCAAGGCCAACUACAAGAGCUGUCUUGCGGUGGUCCGCUAUUCCACCCCGUAGCCCAUGGGUCUGCUGCCAAGCAGCGCCUCCUCCCAUGGCCCGGUGACAUGAAGUUGCGAGGUGCUCUGGGUUGUGCACACAUAUUCCGACCCGUCUUCUCCUCCAACCUACGCGUUCUGCGCAUUCAUCAUUCGCUGGUAACCCAAAUCCCGACGCUCGAGGCCCAUGGCCUAUCAACCAUGGCACGUCUAUGGCUGGCCGAAACAGUCAUCAGGGAACGAUCGGAGACGGCCUUCCCCACAGCUUACGAGCCGGACAUGAAUCCACGACUGACUUCCUUGACUCUGACCAACACUCCGCGGCGAUCUACUGGCCCAUUGAUCGACAAGCUUUUGCGCUUUCUCAAGCUCGCAGGGCUACAGGAGCACGCGAUACAGGAGACCGCUGGCUCGUUGUCUCGGCGGAGCCCCGUAUUGCUCCGCGGUUUGCGUCACAUCCGCUUGGAAUUCGAGGCCGACCCGAUCGAGGAUCCCACUGGGUUCUCAUCCGUGGAUGACCUUGAUGCACAAGGCCUCAUGGAGAUGGACGAGGGCGAGGGUUUCAGUUUCUUUGGCGACGAACGGCGGCCCCAGUCCCAUACGUCCGUUGAGGCCGCCACGGAAAAGCAAGCGUCAGGAGGUACUCAUUUUGCUGCGCAGCUCGCCCAAGCCGCAGCGGGCCGCUUGGCAGGGUUUCCUCACGGGGAGGCAAAUGCAGAGUACCUGCGCUACCAAGAUACCUGGGGCGAGCGGGAGAUUGACCUGGAGGUCUGGGUUGGGCCCGGUAUCUUGGGCGCCAACCGUGCCAUCAACGAGUACAUGAAGCUCGUGAUGCACCCGUCCCUGAGAAACAGAGUCGGACCCGCGACGCGAGCGCACAUCGAAGCAGGCGUCCCAGAGGGAGUGCUCCUCUUCCACGCGGCGUGGGACGCCAUCGUGAUGCCGCCGGAAUUGAAACCACCUAGAACGACGGACCUUGAUGGAAUGCGGGACGUUCUAGAGGCAGUUAAGAAGUUCCGCAUCGAGACCAGGGCGGACUGGGAGGCCGCGAAGAGGGCGCACGCCGCCGUUGAGGGCGUGGCAGCGCCCACGAGGCCGCAGCAUUGUUUCUGGACGGGUAGUCUUGAGGUUUCUGCCCAGCAGAGCAUGGCACACUAUCGAGCGCCCGGUUAUUGGCGAUAG